AAUCCAAUGUUGUUAACGAACAUUCCAUUUGGAGGCAACACUGUCACAGGGAAAAUCUCUUACUGUUAGUUGGUCUUCUACUGACAUUCAGAAUUGGAAUAUGUCAACCACUUUUUCAGAAGUGUGUCUACUAAUUAAUCCACAACAAGCACCUGACAGGUCAAGGGCACUGUGACAUGGGUUAACCUAAAACACCUCCAUUAUUGUCCAAUUAAGUGGCAACCAAGAUUGAAUUUCUCACACAUCUGCCGGUAAUGACAGCUAUACUGACAGUGGUACACAGUUCCCUACAAAGAAUGGGCAGGAGUGACCUUGGAGACUCAUAAAGUCUCAUUUUACACAGCAAGACAACAAAACAUCUCACAAUGGGAUUCCAACAACACUGGGUAAUUUGACAAACAUGUCUGCCACUGCUACACUCAGCAGCCCCCUAUAACUGGCACUCAAAGAAAAUAAAAGGAAGAAGAAAUUGCACGCUCGUCCACUUCAACAAACCUCAUUCACCUCCGCUCUGUAAGGCUGCAUUUGUGUGACAGCAGGAAGGAAGCAGAAAGUGAAGUGUGUUUCCACUGUUGCCUUGAUUGCCUCUUCAUAAGAAUCUGUCUCUCUCAGGGUGACCACUCAUAAGCACAACGCUGCACUGAGUGAGUAAAGUGUACAUCAGUCAUCGGACUUUGAGGAUCCUUGCAACUAUAGGUCAAAGUUUACGCUCCCUGUCUGUCACUCUUUAGAUGGAUGCAACACUAUGGAAGGGCUAGAGAGCAGCGAGUAAGAGGUGGGGCUGGUCACCGGAGCAGAAACAUUGAGGACCAAUCCAUAUUGAGGUCUGUGAUGCGAAGCGGAGAGAGCUUCUGUGAAUAUCGUGACGAAAGAUGGGAUGUCUUUGACUGUGCAGCGAAAUGAACAUGACCUUCAUUCUGCCCUCAGUCUGGUAACAAGUGAAGACUUUGUCCAGCUUGUAGAAGCAUCCGGUACCCAAUAGAAAGAAACAGAAGGUGGAACAAAGGGAGGAGAGAGAAAAGGAGAGACUAGAGAGGUAGAGUGGGGAAGAGAGAAGAAGAAAAAGAAGAAGAGUACAGAGUGGAAGUGAGAGAGAGAAAGAGACCCAUUUUUCAAGAUGGAUCUGAGUCUGCUCAAGGCUCUGGAACGAGAGAAGGUUCUAGAGGUUCUUCAGAGGGACAAACUUCUGCGCAGCACGGAGGAGGACAGGAUCAGGAGGCUGAAGAUGGAACUACAGGACAUCCGGAGGAAAGGUGCAAAGAGUUUUGCCCGGCAAUACAGCGAGAGGACGUGCGCUCGUUGUCAGAGGCCACUGGGCAAGUUCUGGAACUCGGGCGCUGUGUGCCGAGGCUGCAGUCACCGCAUCUGCAACAAGUGCCGUGUAGGCGUGUCCGUGCUGGACUGGAAAUGCACCGUCUGCCACGCCUACAGAGAGGUGAAGUUCCGGUCUGGGGAGUGGUUUGUGGAAGAGAGGGCCAAGAAAUUUCCACCUGAUGCAGAUAUGCAUGAGACUAUUGGGGAGAAACUACUGAAGUCCUACCAGAGGUUGAGUCAUAUAGCAGUCGUGCCGCCAACCCCUCCACCCUAUUGCGACGGUCUAUCCUUUAGCAGAUCAGGGGGACUGAAAAACUCCUUGAAAAAACCCUUCACCAAGUCUAUGGAGGACCUGAUGGUUUCCCUCACCAGCCACAUGAGAAGGUUCUCCAGAUCACAGGAGGAUGUGCGAGUGGAACAGGAUCUGCUUACAGUGUACAACAGCCAGGGACAGCGUGCUGGCCAGAAAAGCCUCUCUGACACGAACAUCAACAAAUCCACCAAUCUAACCAAAGGUCCCAGUCUUCCCAACCUGUUCAGGAAGAGCCGGAAUGAUGACCAAAGCGGUUCCUCAUCGGGGGCUGAUGAGGACAUUUCCCUCGGCUCAGAGUACUUAGGGGGAAAGAGGGGUAGUAGUGCUAGUAGCACUGGUACAGACUGUGAUCUCUUGGAGAUCAGCAGUGUGAUGGGAGAGCUAGAGUUCGCCAUUGCCUUCAACGAUAUCACUUCCUGCCUGGAGAUCACAAUCAAUGGCUGCAGAAACUUGGCCUACGGAGAUGUCAAGAGGAAGAAGUGUCAUCCGUAUGUAAAGGUUUAUCUACUGCCAGAGAAGUCUCAGAGCACCAAACUGAAGACGACUGUCAAGAGGAACACGACGGAUCCCAUUUAUAAUGAAGUUUUACAGUGCCAGAUGGAGCGCCCCCUGUUGUCCAGGAGUACUCUGCAGGUGUCUGUGUGGCACUCUGGGACUCUGAAGAAGGUGUUUCUGGGAGAGGUUCUCGUCCCUCUGGAGGGGUGGAUGUUUGAGGAAAGCACCACCCAGGGCUCCAGCUGGUACCCCCUGUGUCCCAAGCCCGAGAGCCCAGAAAGGAGUAGAGUAGAGCAUGAUACAGCAGGAGAACUCCUGGUCAGAGUGAAGUUCAGCUCUAUGUCCCAGCCAUCCUGGGUUUGCCACACAGAUGAGGUUCACAUUGGACCACAUGACAUUGGCCAACUGACUGUUCUCGUCACUGGUGUCAAAAACCUACCCACUAAAGCAAACACCUGUCAGAACACCUAUGUUAAAGGGUGCUUGACUCUCCCCGGGUCCAGGGAGCUGGUCCAGAGGACCCCUGUCCUGAAGAAGAAGCCCAGUCCAGAGUGGUCUCACCAGCUGCUCUUCAGCAGGGUCACAUCUUACGACCUCCAGAUCUGCACUCUGGAGCUGGAUCUCUGGAACCAUAUCCCCUUCACCUUCUCAGACCGUCUCCUGGGCUGGGUUAGAAUGGAAGCUGGGUCAUCAUGGCAACUGGUGCUGCAGAUGCCCAACAUGUGGCAUGACUUCAGUUUACCCAUGCAAGCCAAUGUCAACAGCAGGAGAACAUGAUGUCAACAGAAAAGGCCAUACUUUAACGCUACCUUUAACUCCAUUUGCACUGACUUUCAGGCCUUCGCUUUGUGAAAGUCCAUCCAGUUAGAUAUUUAUGUACCAUUUGAUGACUUAUGUAUUAAAGGGAUGUUCCACUCAAAAUGAAACCUGUUUUUAUAUUUCUGUGUUAAGGAAUGUUCCAUUCAAAAUACAACCCAACAUGUUUUUUAUACUUUCUUUGGGACAUCAAAAACAACUGAGGUAAAUGGGAAAUCAUGUUAGAUUGUAUUUUGAGUGGAAUAUGCCUUGUGCUUUAAGCAUGCUCACCUGAUGACAUUUCUUUAAUGAGUCAUUGUGAGGUGACUCUAUACAAGUGUUUUUCUUUCAUUCCUUCCCUUAGUUUCUUCUUGUCCUUUAUUUGAGUUUCUGUUAUAAUAAAAAGGAACAUUUGCCUCAAGUCAGUAAGACAAAAAUCAGAAAGUGAAAUCAUAAUCUUUAUUGCCAAUAUGUUGAACACCUCGUUCUAAAAUCCAGUUUAAAUAAAGGACAGCGGCUGCACUGUGCAUCGUCAUCGGUUACAAGGUCAGUAAAAACUAGUCUAGUACACAUCCAGAGAAAGAAGAGUCAAUGGCGAGAUGGGACUGAAGCCUCAAGCAGAACAUCCAAUAGAAGGCCUCUAGUGGGGUUACAACCACCACCAUGUGCUGAAAUGUCAUAACUUCAUUUCAACUAGUUUCUGGUUGUAAUGACAAUGUUUCAACCAGUUUUGGGUGAUGUCAUAACAUACUGACUAAAAACAUAUCCUCUUAUCCCUCACUUAAGAGUGACGUGAUUGGGAACAAAGGGAAAAAAGUAAAUGUUUUUGUAUAAGCACAGUGCUCCUGGAGAAGCGGCAUCUAUGCCUCGGACAUUCUGCUAGCUACCGUGAACUGCAUGGCAAAAAUCUAAAGUACCUAUAGGAUCUCCUUAUCCUGAUUUGAUGACAUGCAACAGAAUAUUUAAUUAAAGGCCCAGUGCAGUCAAAAAUGUGAUUUCCUGUGUUUUAAAUAUACAUUUCCACACGGAGAUGAAAAGACCACCUGAAAUUUUAGCCUAUUUUGGUGGGAUGGAGCUUUGGCCUUUCCAUGGUGACAUCACUAUGCAGUAAAUUAGUUAAUAGACCAAUAAGAAAGAGCUAGUUUUCGGUCUCCACUCAGACCACUCCCAGACAGUCCUUGCAAAAUUAUUGCUUGAGAAAUUGAUCUUUGCCCAUAUUAAUUUAAAACAAAUCACAGUACUUAAUUGAUACCCAGAAAUAAUUUCAUAUUGAGAUAAAAAGGUCCAAUGCAGCCAUUUAAGAAAACAAAGUUGUAAUAAUAUACAAAUAAAUCUCUUUAAUUUAAUGAUCUAAAAGAAAACCUUAUGAAACAAUUAUUUUGGUCGAUAUAGAACCUUUGAUACAUUUAAAUGUUCUCAUGAUCAUUAGAAUAGCAAAAAUAUACAUACCAAGAUUAAAUGAUCCAUAUACCGUAUAAAUAAA